GGUGGUGGCAGCACUCGUAGCAGCUUUCACACUCCUUAUCCAGCAGUGUUGGUGGGUGAUAUGUGCUGUGAAGGCUUUUGUGUGCUGUGAAGACUGUUGUGUGCUGUGUGACGUGCUGUGAAGGCUGUCGUGUGCUGUGAAUGGCUUUCAGGUCCCCGUGGUGCGUAAGGACUCUUGUGGGAGAGAACUUUCGUGAAGUCAAUCCACUGCGAGUAUCGUUUGCUUUAAGAGCUGCCUUCUCUGAGGGUCAAUUGCUGUGAGGAUGAGGGUUCUGGCAGUGUCGUCAAGGCUGGGGCUGGCUCUACUGCUGAUCCUUCAGACUGUGACUGCAGAGGUAGAGAGGUGUGAGGCAGCAGCCAAGUGUAGCAGGCAUGAAAGUGGCUCACAUAUGACCCAUGCAGAUGGGCGUCGAGAGGAUGCUAACCAAACGGGCAACAGACGCAGGAGGAUAUCGAGAGGAUGGAGGCAAACGGACGACAGGCGUAGGGGACGCCGGGGUGAAGGAGCCGACCCGACGUUAGAAGCUGAAGAACGCCGAAGGGAUGGAGUCAAACGGAUGUCAGAACAUGAUAAAAGUCGAGGAGCUGGAGCAGAAAGGAUGUCAGGUGAUAAGGAGGGAAGUCAAGACCACCGCUCCGAGUACAAGAGGGAGAAACGGCUCCAUAAACAGAACGUGAAACACAGAGAGCAAAGGGAAGACCAGAACGGGAAGAAACGGGAAAAACACUGAAUAAGAAGAAUAACGAGAAGAGGAAAGACAGAAAGGAGACGAGUGAAGUGCGUAAUAGGAAAGGGAAAAAGAAUGUAUAUAAUCACAAGGUAGAGCGAGGGAGGGAGACCAGGAAUAGGGAAGAACGAGUAGAUGAUAUAUGGGUAGAGGAAGGAAGGGGUAAGAAGUACAAGAGGGGUAUUAAUGAGAAAAAAGAAAGAAAGGAGAGAAAGAAAAAUAAUGAUGAAAAUAAGAGGAUGGAAGAGCACAAUGAAAUUCAGUGAUAAACAUAAAAACAAUAAAGACAAAAUAAGGAAUAAUGAGCAUAAACGUAGAGAGAGAGACAGCCAAAGCGACAAGGAGAAGAAGGCUGAUAAAAAGCACAAAGAUAAAUAUAACAAUAAAAGGAAAAGUGAUAGAAAUAAGGAAACCCGAAAAAGGCAAAAUAAAUUCAUAUAAAGACGUGGACAAACUCAGCAAAGAUAAUGAUCAACGUCAAAGGAACAAGAGAGAUGUAGAAAGGGACACGAAAACGGAGAAAGUAAAAGAAAGCACAAAGAAUAAAGAUGCUCGGAAGAACAAGACUCCAGGGACCGACACUCAUAAAACAAAACAGAAAGCGAGUCAGACUACAUUCAAGGGGUAACUGAGGGAACCGGUCAGGAAGACCCAGCUCAUGUCGCAACUGAAAAACAUAUCAGUCUUGGAAAAUCAGUAACUGAGGAGACAACAACGACAGAGUACAUAACAGUGAAGCACAUACCAACGAAACCACAUGGAAGUAUGGAAAACAGCGCAGUUGCUGAUGACGGCGUCGAUGCUGGAGGUAAUGACCCUGAAACUGUCGUAGAAUUUAACUCGUCGGAACUACUGGGAGGAGAGACGAUAGUAGAUACUGUGACGGAGAGCAAGGACGAGAAAGAAUUACGAUCCACGGAAGCGCAGGGUCAAGAUGGCAUUGAACAGGAGCUGGGAAUAUUUGCAAGUGUAGGAAAAGACAAAGAAAUUGGAGGUGAAAAAGUGCAUACGAAAGUUGAGGUACGAAGGAAGAUGAAGAAAUAUCUGGAAAUAAACAAGACGGAGGAAGAAAAGAGGAAGGACUGAACACUAAUGAGGAGAAUUCUGUGCCACAAGCGAUACCAGGAAUCUCGGAGACAGACCUGGGCACCAAUAUCACUGAUGGUACCGCCCAGGAGGCCGACCAGGAUGGUGCCACACAAGACGGCGAGGCUCCAGGACAAGAUGAACGACAGUAGUGAAUAAAGUUAUCUUAUGUAACAGUGAAAAAUAUAACUGAUUGUC